AAUUCAACUGAACAAGGGUUAGGUUCAAAUAUUCAAUUCCAUUCCAGUAUAUAACAGGAUCUAUGUUGAAGGUUAAUUCAGUGGCCAAAAGUUGAGAAACAGAGUCACCAUUCCCAGCAGCAGACAUGUCUACUCUGAAGCUUUUCUCAUCACUUCUCCUUCUUCAACUGGGAGCUUCGCUUUUCCUCUUAGACCCCACCAGCGCUCAGGGCCUGAAAGUAGGGUUCUACGAGAAGACAUGCCCCUCUGUGGAGGCUAUUGUCAAACAGACAACUGACAGUUUUCUCUCGCGAGCGCCCAGCCUUGCUGCUCCUUUAUUAAGGAUGCAUUUUCAUGAUUGUUUCGUCAGGGGGUGCGAUGGUUCCGUGCUACUGAAUUCAUCUAGUGCAAACCCUCAGCCUGAGAAAACUGCAUUCCCCAACCAGAGUCUCAGAGGGUUUCAGGUUAUCGACGCUGCAAAAUCUGCAGUGGAGAAAACAUGCCCAGGAGUGGUUUCAUGUGCAGAUAUCAUCGCCCUGGUGGCCAGGGAUGCUGUUUCCUUUGAUAAGGGACCAUUCUGGGAAGUUCCGACCGGGCGAAGAGAUGGAAGAGUAUCAAACUCCAGUGAGGCUUUGCAAUUUCUACCACCUCCUACGGCAAACAUCAGCGACCUGAAGUCAAGGUUCAGUGCAAAGGGUUUAAGUGUUAAAGAUCUUGUUGUCCUUUCAGCUGGACACACAAUUGGGACUUCUCACUGCUUUAACUUCAAUAACCGGUUGUACAACUUCACCGGAAAGGGUGACACCGACCCCUCACUGGACCCCAAUUACAUUGCAAAGUUGAAGAACAAAUGUAGGUCAGGAGACACCACCACCCUGGUGGAGAUGGAUCCAGGCAGCUUCAGAACGUUCGAUUCUGACUACUACACACUUGUGUCCAAAAGAAGAGGACUGUUCCAAUCGGAUGCUGCUCUCCUCACAGACAGUGAGACCAAAGCUUAUGUAAACCUCCAGGCUUCCACCCAUGGAUCUACCUUCUUCAAGGAUUUUGGGGUGUCUAUGGUUAACAUGGGUAACAUCGGAGUACUUACCGGAGCUGCCGGUGAAAUCAGGAAACAUUGUGCUUUCAUUAACUAGCUAGCAAUUAAGGGUCGUCAACGUCUCUAUUUUCUGGUCUAUUCUUCAAUCUCUAUUAUCAGGCCGCAUGGUUUUGGGCAUAAUGGUUUUGUUUGUUUAGUCCCACUUAUUUGUUAAUUUGCGAAUUAAUCCAAAGCUUGUAAUAUGUAAUUUGCCAAACAAAGGAACUGGAGAGAAAGAGAGAUUCGGAAAGCUUGUAGCAAACAUUUGUAACAAUUAAUAAAGCCAAAACGGUCACUUGUUGUUUUAUUAAA